AUGGCAGAUCUCGCAGAGACAUACGACCAUGCCGGGAAUCCGGUCAAGCACGGACGGGCCAGAGUCAAUGGUAUCCGACUGCACUACAUCACAGCCGGCCAGGGACCGCCUCUCCUCCUCCUACACGGCACACCGAAGAACAGCUUCUACUGGUAUCGCCUCUUUCCACUCCUCACAGCACAUUUCACGCUCGUAGCACCGGACCUUCGUGGCUUUGGAUACACCGACAAGCCGCCUACGACCGAUGGCUACGAUUCCAAGGAGCAGGCGGACGACGUCGCCGAGCUGAUGACGCAGCUUGGCUACGAUAAGUUCUACCUUCACGGCGAGGAUCGUGGAGCGGACUAUGCGUAUGCCGUGGCGGGCCUGUAUCGUGAUCGUGUAAUCAAGCUAUCCUUCUGCGAGAUGUUACUGUCUGGACUGGGACUUGAGGAAUCAUCCUUUUGGACACGAGAGAAUGUCACGGCGCAAUACAGAAAAGCGGGAGUGUGGUGUUGGGUAUGUUGGAGGCCGAGGUCUCUCUUUCAUGGAAUUACAUCGCUCUGCUGACAGUGAUGACAGCAUCUUAGCUUCUUCGCAAUCCCGCACAUCCCCGAAAUGCUGAUCCAAGGCCACGAGCGAGAGUUCUGGGAAAUGUUCAUAAAGCAAGAAUGCUACAAUCCGACUCUCAUCGAACCAAAGGCCCUCAAUCACUGGAUCGAAUGCGUCAAGCAGCCGGGAUGUCUGCGUGGCAUCUUGGAAACCUAUCGUGCUGGGUUCAAGAAUGGCGAUCUCAACCAGGAACUGGCCAAGACGAAACUCACGAUUCCCGUUAUGACCAUUGGGGCACCUGAGUUCUUUGGACCGACGGUGAAGGAGUGCGCGGAGAAGUUUGCGGAGAAAGUCGAGAAGAAUGAGCUUUACGAGGAAUGUGGGCAUUCGUUGGCUUUGGAGAAGCCGGAGAGGUUGGCAAACGAUCUGAAGGAGUUCUUCCUGGGCCAUACUGGUCAUGGAGGAGCGAAGGCGGCAUCCCAGCUGGUCUUGCCCGACGACACGGGAGAUGCGUAG